UUUAACUCUGCUCAAACUAUAAGGUUCAACAACUUUUACUCGAUUUGUUUGGGCUCUGUCUUAGAUAUUGCUGAAGUUGUUCACUUUUAAAUGAUUUUUAUUACGCGAUCAAGCCAAGUUCUGUAAUGACUUUAGAUGGCAGGAAAUGGAUAGAAAUGUGCCACUAGUGCAGUGAGUCAUUGAAAGUUGUUAUUGUGAGGUUCCUAGAGUUUUUCGUGGUGCACCUAAAAAUAAUGUGCCAAAAACGUGACAAUUAUUAUGACGAAGAAGCUUGGUCGAUAUAGUGGCUUGGCGGUGAUAGGCGCCCGCUGUGGUGUGAGGUAGAAGGUCUGUGUUGCCAUAACUUAAACGACUUCGUGAAUAAUAAAUCUUGAAUUCGACAAGGAGUUAAGUUAGGUACCUACCUUUUAAUGUCGUUUUUUGAUAUGGUAUUUUUAUUUUUUGGUGGACAAUAAACACGCAUGUAUCGCACAUUUUUAAGGCUCAUCGUGUAUUGUGCGUUAUUUUGAUUGCGAAAGUUGACAGAUGGUAUAAAAGCCAAAAUUUGAAUUGCAGAUGGCACAUUCUUCCGGUAACUUCCUUCCAGUCUUUUACAAUGGCUCCUCAUUUUACCAUUUUACUUGGUAUAUUAACUUUUAUCCAGUCAACAUUUGGAGGCUUACUUCACGGAGUGUCAUAUUCUGCAGUCUCAAGUCCUUCAGCCAAUUACAACUACGGCCGAAUAGCUUCGUACUCAUCUCCAUCAAUUAUCGCCACUCCAUCAGUAGCUGCGACUUAUUCCUCAUCACGCUACACAGCUUAUACGCUUGUUCCGUUGACAGCUUCCGUUGCAGCUCCUGUUGCAGUUAGCAGACAACCCGUUGGAGGGCUGUUUCGAGGAGCAUAUGUUGCUCCCUCGCUUUUAAAACACUCUGGUUUUUCGAAUUCCUUGUUCAGACAGGGCGUGUCUGCUUAUGCUGCUGUUCCGAUUGCUGGCUAUAGAGCUCACUUUGGAGGUCAACCUUCAUUAAGAAACUUUGGUACAUCCUUGACGUCCUUGAGGAACAUUCAUGAUGAUACUGUGAGUGUUCAAGGGUUGUAUCCACCACCUACAGGAUGGGAAAACUAUGCUGAUUCCAACAUACUCAAUGACCAAAGAAAUUAUGGAACUUUUGAUAAUGAAAACCCGAUAUCAAUAUGGUAACUCAACUAAAUUGUCAAGUUGACAUUCAGUUGUAACGCUUGGGAAAUCUUUGUAACGUUGAAUUAUUCAUUAAGUUAUUAUAAAUUUCCUACGGAAUAUUUUAAAUGGUCAAAGAUUUAUACAAGUUUAAGUCGUGUUUUUGUAAACCAAACGAAAGUAAAAGUACAAAUUCAAAGCUAUUCUCGUGUAUAUUGACGGUGACUAAAAAUAAAUAAUUAUCAAGGUAAAUCAGCGACCCAAACCCAUUAUCAUCACAUCAAAUCAAAUCACAUGAUUUUGGUUACAGAAAAAAAAUAAAUCUGAAUGUGAAUCAUUUUCAAGUUCAUUUGUAUAAAUUAGAUUAUAAGAUUUUAUUCUAAAAAAAAAUAAAACUAAACUGUUAUUUUAUUUUGAAGAUGUAUUUUGUGUAGGUAUUAAUUAGGUAUAAAACUAGUUAAGAAGUAUUCGGUAUUUUUGUUGUUGGUUAAUUCGAUUUGUAUCAUUAAUUUUAAUGUAAGACCGGCGGAUUUAAACAAAAUGGGGUCAUGAUCUAUUUAAUGCUCUCGAAUUACCGGUUGAUCUGAUUCUGUUAGAUUAAAAUAAAAUUCAAUUAAAUUGAAAGU